AUGGAUAACCAGAUCGCCGUGCCGAUACCGCAGUAUCCGCCGUUUAAGCUCAGAUCGUCGCUUAUAGAUAAGGAUCCCGUGAUCUGGGUCCAUCUUCUAGAAGGGUACAUCCAGCUUUUCCAGCUUCUUUUGAACGAUGAUGUUGCUCUUAGCGUGAAGCUGCAGCAGCAGUUGCAACAGUUUUUGAAGAGUUUCUUGGAGGAGACGGCGGAAGAGUCGACGAGGAUCUUCUCGUUGGGCGCUAUCAAUCCAGAUAUAAAGAAGAACACGGCCACGCUCAGGGCGUAUGUUCUUUCGGUGAUUCGUGCUCACAGCAUUGUCAAGCUAGGCAUUACAGGACAGAGUCUAUGGCACUUUGUGGUUGUAUACGUGGAGAAGAAUGCUACGAUAGUGAGGUCUUUGGUGGAUGGCACGUUCAAGUCGCCGUUGAACGAUAAUCGGAAAUCGAGCAAUAUUUCACUGAUUCCAGCGCUUAGAGCUGCCAUUGAGGCUCAGAUCGUGGACGGCUCGCUUGACGCUACCGCCCAGCAGUUUUUGUUUUUGCUUCUAGGCCAGCAUGCUGCUCCACUGAAGGCACAGACGUUUCUGCUUUCUGGUGGUUCUCGUAAAGGUAAAGUGCUUGCCAAAGACCGUGAUCGCAACUUUGCGUCGCUGUCGAGCGCUUUGGCGUUUGCAGAGUCAUUUGUUGCUCCCGAAUGGAUAGAAACGCUUGAGCGUUUGUAUUCUGGCGGUCGAAGCGUUCAUGCUGAGGCUGUCAGAAAUUGCAUGGUCAUCAGCAUUCUAGCAUUAUCAGUGUCCAAGUUGGCUACGCUAAUUUCGACCUUGGGCAUCAACAGCGCAUCCACAAUGUCAGGCAGUCCGUUGCUCAGCUCUAUUAUAAUAUCAGAUGCAUACAAGAAGCUUAAUCCUGGUCUUGAAGAGAAACUACCGUUUUUGCGUACUCUUCAGGUUGGCGAAGAGGUCGAGGAGACUGUUGAUGAUAAGGAUAUCGAUUUCUUGACAGACAUGUUCCCAUCUUUGACGAAAGGAAAAGCAAAGGUUGCCUUGUUGCAGAAUGAAAAGGACGUGGAGAAAGUUACGGGAAUGUUACUUGACGACCCACUGAUGAUUGAGUCGAUCCCUGAAGAGAUCGAGAAACCUGAGAAGGAGCCAGAAGUCCAGAUCUCCUCUGAGGAACUCAACAGGGGCAUGGAAAGGUUCAAACUUAAUGAUAACGAGACGACUGCUCGUGUAGAAAAGAAGAAACAGCCAGUCAGCGAGGAUGAGAUGAAGAAACGGACGCUUUCGGCUGCCCUACAGUUGCUCUAUGAAAGUGACGAGGAUGAACGUGACGAUACCUACGACGACCAAGAGCACACCUCAGGUGCUGCUUUCCAAGAGUUCGAGCGUAAGCCGAAGAACAAGGAUAAAGCACGUUUGGCAGUGUUUGAUGAAGAGAACGCUUCACAGAAAGAAGGUACACCAACGGAUGCAGUUGCAAAUGAGCUCGAGAAAACGGAGCUCAAUCUAUUUGGCUAUUUCAAAGCUAAUGGUGAAGCAGCCUUUGAUAAGACCGCUCGUAAGACGAAAUUGCGUGACGAGAUUAAAGAUGUCUCUAAAUGGACCGACGAGCAAAUUGAAGGUUGGUUCAAGAUGCUUUCAAAGUCACCAAAACGUUUCAGGUUGUUGGAGGAGCGGUUCGCUACCCACUUCUCAAACAGAAAGGUCUCGAAUCGUCGACAGCAACAAACCCAGCAGCAGUCUAAGAAUGACUCUCCUAAACCUGCUGGCGACCAGAAAAAGGCCAAUGCCCGUAAUGAACGUCAAAAGAAAGGGCCACAAUAA